UCGUCUUAUAAACAGCGAGCCAUGGACAACGCGCUCAGUCGCUGCUGAGGCCAACCAGCUGUUGCGGUACAGUGAAGAUCUCGAUUGCGUUGGUAGUGGUAAGGAAAACUCUAUAGCCAGACGGUUCAGUCACGGUCCGUACGCGAACGGCGACAGUUCUUGCCGGGACGGAGGAAUUGUGUGUACCACUGUUUAAAGUCGGAAUAUCAAGCAGCCAUGAUAAAAGCGUACAAUGGCGCGUUGGUCCUGGCAGAUGUCCUGUUACUUAUUCUAAAAAUCCUGUAUUAUAUCUGCGAAAGUGUGUAUAAAUUCUUUGUGCCAACGGAGGAGAAGAGCGUAGUCGGGGAGAUCGUUCUGAUAACAGGCACGGGCCAUGGUAUCGGAAAAGAGCUGGCACUCCGUUAUGCCUCUCUAGGUGCGACAGUGGUAUGUUGGGAUGUGAAUGAGCAAGGAAACGAGGAGACGGUGAAUGAAAUUAAGAAGAUGGGAUCAAAUGCAGCGUAUGCGUACAAAUGCGACGUAUCGAAGAGAGAAGAGGUCUUUGAAGUAGCCGCGAAAGUUAAGAGAGAGAUCGGUGAUGUCACUAUCUUAGUUAACAAUGCCGGUAUAAUGCCUUGUCAUAGCUUCCUCGAUCAUACCACCGAUGAAAUUAGACGAAUUUUCGAUAUCAACGUGUUAGCCCACUUCUGGAUGCUACAAGCAUUCCUACCGAAUAUGAUUGAGAAGAAUCACGGUCACAUUGUUGCACUCUCAUCGCUAGCGGGGCUCGGUGGCAUGCCGAAUUUAGUUCCUUAUUGCGCUAGCAAGUUUGCAGUUAGAGGACUCAUGGAGGCAAUGGGCGAGGAAUUGCGAAUAGCUACUAAAGGAAAAUCAUUGAUCAAAUUCACCACCAUUUAUCCGUACAUGGUGGACACCGGGCUGUGCAAGAAGCCAAAAAUAAGGUUCCCGAAUGCCAUGCCGUUGGUUUUACCGCACCAAGCAGCCUCACAAAUAAUUAACGCCCAGAGGCGAGAUCAACGGGAAAAAGCAAUACCCGCCCUUUUCCUGCAACUCAACAAUAUUACGAGGUCUUUGCCCGACGAUGCGUUAAAGUGUAUUGUAAACUUCUUCGACACCGGUGUCGAGGCUCAUAGUUAACACUUUGCGGUCCGCGGCCCACCCGAAGACGUUUGACAAAUGUGUCCGAACGUCUCGAAGGCAUAAUACACAAGUAGCCGCGCUUAUUUCGUUGAUUUUCUUCUCAUACAAAUGCGACGCAGCUACUUCCAACGAAACUAUCGGCGUGAGACUCGGAAAUCUGUCCAAAUUAAAAAGAUUCGUUAUUAAUGAGCAUCAACGACCUAUUGAAAACAUAAUGAGAUUUCUCGGGAAUUUCCAGGAAACACGGUUAACUCGAAGAGUGUUCCUUACGUUAGUUGUAGUUUCAUCACAAACUUACUUUAUUCUUGGCUUCUUGCAAAAUCCGGUGUCCACUAUAUACGGAUAAACGGUAGUGAAUUUGA